AUGUGUUUUCAAAUUAACUGUGUUUUUUUCAGUUUUUUUCCUACAUUUUUUCUUUUUGGAAACUAGUAUUUUAAUGGAAGAUCAUAUUCUUUUCCCUCUGAGCAAUAGAGUUUUUUUUUAAGUACAAGCUGAAUUGGUUAAACUUUGAAAAUAGGUCAGUGGCUAGUACAGUUUGUUUAAAGACCAAAGGAUUCAUUAUCAUUAUCAUUUAUCAGGACUCAUUAGAUGUUGUGGUUAUGAGGUCUCACUCUUAAAACAAACUUGAGAGUUUCAAGCAAUAAUGUGCUAUUCUACAGUUUAAAAUGUUGCAUAUUCAUAACAUAAAACAACAUUUGAUUAAAACAAGUUAUAAUAGUUCUUAGGGGCUAGAAUUCUUGGACAUUUUAAUACAAUCCAGUUUUGAUUAUUUUAAGGGGACAAGUGCAUCCAGGGUUUUUUGUGAAUAAUUAUUAUUUGGCUAUUUUUCAGUGUGUUAGAAUAAUCAACUGCCAUUUAGCAUGUUGAUGAUGCAAAUUUUAGUAGAACUAAACCUGAUGAGAAGUUUUCAUUUAAAUAAGGGAAACUGUACAAGUAGCAAUCAGUUUGAAUGAAGCCCAUGACUGAAAACCACAUGUAGCUUUCUUGUUUUUGCCAUGAAAACUCUUUAGCACCUGUCUGCAUUUACAUGGUGUAUCCAUCCUGCUUUGCACACUGUGUAGCUGGCAACACCGCUGGGUUUUUGUGUUUUCCUUUUGUUAUUUUAUACCAGGUAGUAACCACGGGUUUGACUGAUUGAAAGAAAGGAAGAACAGGAGUCAAGAAUUAUGCUUACAAUUAGAGGUGCUGGUACAAAAAAUGUUCUCCUCAGUGUUACAUUUUUAAGGAUUGGAAAUUCAUCCAAAAUGCAUGAUGGUCUGGUGGGGUGCCUGCAGAGCAACAGAGGCAGGCUGUGGGAAUGGCCAAGUUCUGCUCUGCCCCUUCAGGUGAGCAGCGCUGGGACAGCCUUGUGUAAGGUGACAAUAAAGGGUGCUCCAGUGACUUGUUCAUUUUAUCUGUACAAGCUGAGCCAUUUGCAGUUGGCUAUUUGAGAUUAGCCUUUCACAGGGUAUGAAAUACAGCCAUGUACCUACGGCUUCUAAUUAGUUUUCAGUGCAUGUUGCUUGUUAGGAAAAAAACGCUUUACCUUUGUUGGAAUGACAGUUUAGAUUUCAUUAGAGAACAAUGCUUGCAAACUGCUUCUGUCAGUAAUGUUCAGUUCCUUCAAAGCAACUUUUCUAAUUAAUGAAAUCAAUUGCUAGUUUGUGUUCUGUCUGGGUGCUUGUGUAGCUGCAUAAGACACUCAGGAAAUUGCUGGUUUUUAGGAAAGCUUUUGUGGCAGUGACAGUGAGACGUGCACAGCCUGAAACUCUUUCCACGUUUCUGAGACUUCAGUCUAGGAGAGAAUUUUUCCUUCUUUCUCAGAUUCAUUCUUUUUGCAUUUUACAGACUGCAGAGGCUCUGCUCUGGCAGCAGGCAGCCCUUGGUGCUGAGGUGGGCACGAGUCAGUCCCUGUAGCUGUGCUGGAGCACUGCUGAUCUUGCAGGAGCUGGCUGAAGGGACAGGUGGUCCCAAUAUAAUGCUGGUGCACAGAGAUUACUGCUUUUUAUAUAAUUCUGAGACUGUGAUUCAACUAACUGUCUUGUGCCUAGCAGAGAAGUCACAAAUAAAUUCUUACUGUCCACCUGCGACACUUGAGUGCUGGGAACAGAUUGAGACUCAGGCUACAGUAAGCAGACUUUUAGUUGUUUGUGUUUCGGGUGUUUUGUCACUUUUGUUAAUAUUUAGUAGCUUCCUUAAAAAGCCUCUUUGUAGGGAAUAAUACCUUAUUUGGUUUUGUGCAUAUUAAAAAAAUUCAACUACAUUAGUCCUUACAAAGUUUUUUUUUUCCUUCAUGUUCUUAAAGUAUUUGAAAACAUCGAAGUCUUUUUAUGGCUUUUUAUUUUAUGGGCAGUCAGACUACCACAGGACAGCCAAAACUUGUAUUGUUUUGGCUCUGCAGAAAUCUUCUUGACAGAUUAAGGCUGUCAUCAGAAUGUGUAAACACCAUUUCCAGCUUUUUACAUUGGUCACUAAAGCAUCCUUAAGUGCAGCUCAGGAAUCUAGUCCUGCAAGACAAACCCCUCAAUCAUGUGACUGAAUGAUGGUCAGGGGCUUCUGUUAAAAUGCUUUAAUAACUUUGCACUUCACAGCAGUAAAUUGAUUUCCUCGUAUUUGAGUCACAGUGCUUGAUCAUCUCUAUGUAGCUAAUCCACUGACAUGAGGGUGCAUUCACUGUAAACAACAUCUACCUCCAAGUUAAGACAGGGUAGUUACUUAAACAAAAGUGUAGUUCUUCAGAAAUUAUAAUGCAACUUCAGCAGUUACCUUACCAGACCCUGUUCAUUGUGCCUAUUGAUGGCUUUCUACAUUCUACAGCUUCUCACACUGUGAAGAAGAAUCUGCAAAGUUCCUGAAAAUUUUGUGGAAUACACUGUUUUAUGGUAAAGGAAAGAUAUGCUAAUGUAAAAAAGACUCUGAUUUCUCACAUUAAUUUUAUAUUUUUUAAAGGAAAUAACUAGGAGAGUGGGAAAUUACCUCCUCACAGUUUUCUUAAAUGCUGAACUUCACAGGCUUUUGCCUAGUUUUAAUGUUAUUGUUUGGGGUUAUUUAGUUUGGUUUUGUUUUUCAGUUCUUUCAUCACCUGGAAGGAAGUCCUUCAGAGAAUUCUAAGUCUGUUCAAGGAAAAACUAAUUAUCUGAUUGCCCACUUUACUGUCUUGGCAGGGCUGGGCUGGUGCCUUGGCAUAGGUGCACAGCUGAAAAUGAUGAAUGAAAUAACAAAUAGAUUGCUUUAUCUAAAUAAGUUAUGGAAAGGGCUUAUGAUAUAGCUAUGGUUCUUGCAGGCUUUGAGAAAGAUAAUAUCCUGUAAAAGACCUCAAAUAACUGUAUUGAUUCUGUUAACAUAUUUUUCACAUUUGACAUGAAUUUCAUUUUGUCUUUACAAAGCCUAACAUUUUAAAGCUUGUAGUGCAUAAUGCAUUGACGUAGUAAAACUGUAAAUAUUAAAUAGUGCUUUAAAAUACUAAUAUAUUAAUAUAAAUACUGUCUUUACCAGUAAAAUGCUUUUUCAAAACAAGGGUGCGGUUUGGUGUGUGUUUCAGUAGUAACAGUAGCAGGUGAGGCGCUUCAUCUUCUCUCUGAGCCUACCCCUGUGUACUUCAUCCAUUACAGCAGUUUUUUGGGUUAAGUAGUAUUCUAAGGGGAGAAAAUAGACCUGCCUUUAAAAAAAAGAACAAGUUUUUCACAUCUUUUCUUUGUAUUGGACCAAUUCCUCACUCCUGUUCAUUGUGCUGAAAAGAUAGCAGAGAUGUGAGCUAUAGCUGCAAUAAGUAGCCUGUUGUAGGAUCUGCUAAAUGUUGAUUGUUUGAAAAAAGCCUUACUGGACUUGAAAAUACAUCAUUUUAUCCUGUGAAAGAGAAAUAGAAAAUGAGUACAGAAAAAUAUUUAGAACACGUACAACAAAAACUAUUAUAUCUGAGUAAAAUGCCUUUUCCCAAGCAUAUUUGUUUUAACUUUUAUGCUGGUCUCCACCAUGAUAAAAUACUCUCAUGGUUAGGAAAAUUAAAAAUUAAAUUCCCUUGUAUAAAAAAUAUGAAUAAGAGUUUGUUGUUCUAUUUUGGUGAUGAUGUUUUCUAUUCAUGUACACUCAAUUGAACCCAUCGUUCAGCAUUUUUAGUGGGUUUUUGGAGGAGAAGAGCAGAGUAGGAGGGGUAAAUAUUUGGAAGGGUCAUGUUACUGUCCUUAAAUUAUCAACAGAAUUUAGACAUAAAAUUGCAGAAGAGGGAGUCAAAAGAAAAUUGUGAUUGAUGCAAAGAAAAAUAGUCUGUGGAAAAAUGUCAGAAAAUUAUAUUAAUUUUUCCUAAGUUGUUCUCAUAAAAGGUAAAAAGAGAAUCAAUUUAUUAGCUUUUAAGUUCUUUGCAGUUCUAUGGAAAAUGUAAAACCUCACUUCAGAGAGAUCCCUGAAAUCUCAUGAAAUCUCAUUCUUUAUCUGAUGAAAAGUGUAUUUUGGAACAUCUGGCUUUAAAAAAGUUUCAUGAGAGAGGAACCACUGUGCUGGGGUCAGAUUUUCACUUUAAUCUGAACUUUCUUUUAACCUAAGAUUUGACAUUAAAUAGAUUUAAAAUUGAAAGCCUCUUUUGAGAGGAAAUAUUUAAAUCUGAUUGAAUUCGAUCUGUUGAAAUAGGAUACAUCUAGAGUGAUGGAAGCCUCCCAUCCCUUUUUGCUUUGAGGAAAUAAAAUCUGCAAAACCACCAACCAGACAACAACAAUAAAAAAUAAUCAACGCACUAACCCCUGCCUGCCAACAAACAAACACAAACCACAAAACUCAAGAACCCCAGAUUUGUCAAGUUUUUUGGUUUGAGCCAGUGUUUCAGUUUAAAUUGUAGCACUUUCUGGGAACUUUGAGGAACCAUGAAAAAAUGGCUCUGUAUAAAAGUUCUUUCAAGGAGACCUACUAAGGGUUAAUUAAGAGAAAACAAAGUUCCUGAAAAUUGCUGAUAUGAAUUUUUUCAGUGAAGCUCCAUUGGCUUCUGGUUCUGUGCUAUACAGCGACUUGGCCAAGAACCCACCUCUUAUCAUUCUGCCCGUCACCAGUGUUUAAAAAUGGAAUCUGGGAUCAGACCCUCAGGCAAGCUUUGUAGCACUCUGGCCUUUGUGUUUAGCGAAAGAGAGACAAGGAAUUCAUAGUUGUUGUUGAUGGUGGUUGUCCCUUGUUCUGCAUGUGCUGCUAAGCCGGGUUGAGUACUGUAUCUUGUUUGAGAGGUGUUGACUUUGUCAGCUGCCUGCUCUCUGCAGUGGUCUUCCCCAUCAUCCACCUUUGUAGAUAAUUUUGGCAUGUGGAUUUUGUGUUUUUGUAGAAAAUAUGUGGUAGAGUCCCACAUAAAUGAAACAAGAAGGAAAAUAACACUUGGAAAAUACUCUUUUGAGAAAAUGCCAAUGCAUGCAACUGCCAUUGUUAAACAGCAUUGAAAAAAAUAUAUGAAUCCUGAAGCCAGCUGGAUGUAAAAAAAUCUGUAAAAUAAAUGCAAAUGAAGUAUCUGAGCAAAUAUCAUUGCAGUGGUUGUAAGAGAAUAUGUAUCCAUCACUUUCUGGAUGGUAAUGAUGUAGAACAGGCUCUUUUGUUAUUGUUGUUUUAAAAGUAUGCUUUAAACAGCAAUGAAACUGUGUUUUAAAUAAGGAACAUUCAGUUUUUAAUUCUUCUGUGUGUGAUUAUCUUUUGACUUCUCUAUUUUUUUUUUUUCUUUAAGAUCUUUAUGGUUAUGGCAAAGUCUUUCACCAGCCGAUGGUAUAAUGGACUGCCAGUUGGAUGAUACACAGUCGUCUGAAACAUGGUAUAUACUUCUCCUCUGCCGUGCCCGUGCCUACAUGCUGACACAGUACCCGUUUUGUUUCCAAAAGAGGAGUUCACAGAAUUACAGUGUCUGAUCCAACUAGCUGCUCUGAUGAUCCUCACUGGACCAUGUAGACUAUGUCAGAGAGCCACAAUGAUCAUGCAUAAUAACAGUUCAUCCUCGCUCCUUUUACCGAAUGUGAGCUCCUUCUGGAAGAGAGAUUCGCAUGGACCAGGACUCCUUGAUGAAGCAGCAUCACUCAUUGGCAGCUAUGAUUUCCCUCAGACCACAGAGAGUUUUCCUUUCUCCACUGUGGAAUCAACAAACAUGACCCUCAAUGCCACAAGCAAAGACCCUCUGGGUGGACACACUAUCUGGCAAGUAGUUUUGAUUGCUUUCCUCACUGGGAUCCUUGCCCUGGUGACCAUCAUAGGAAACAUCUUAGUGAUUGUUGCAUUUAAGGUUAACAAACAACUGAAAACAGUCAACAACUACUUCUUGUUGAGCCUUGCUUGUGCAGAUUUGAUCAUCGGUGUUCUUUCCAUGAAUCUUUAUACCACAUACAUCAUCAUGGACCACUGGGCUUUGGGAAGCUUGGCCUGUGACCUUUGGCUCUCCAUUGACUAUGUCGCCAGUAAUGCCUCUGUCAUGAACCUCCUCGUGAUAAGUUUUGACAGGUAUUUUUCCAUCACUAGGCCACUGACAUACAGAGCCAAACGAACAACCAAAAGGGCUGGGAUAAUGAUUGGUUUAGCAUGGAUCGUCUCUUUUGUUCUUUGGGCCCCUGCCAUCUUGUUUUGGCAGUAUUUUGUUGGGGAGAGGACUGUGCCUCCUGACGAAUGUUUCAUCCAGUUUCUAAGUGAACCUAUCAUCACUUUUGGCACUGCCAUAGCUGCCUUUUAUUUGCCAGUCACCAUUAUGAGUAUUUUGUAUUGGAGGAUCUACAAGGAGACGGAGAAGCGCACCAAAGAGUUAGCAGGGCUCCAGGCCUCAGGCAGCGAAGCGGAGGCGGCGCGCUUCGUGCACCAGACAGGCAGCUCCCGGAGCUGCAGCAGCUACGAGCUGCAGCGGCAGAACAUGAAACGCUCCGCCCGAAAGAAAUACAGACGCUGCCACUUCUGGCUCACAAUGAAGAGCUGGGAACCCAGCACAGAUCAGGGGGACCAGGAGCAUAGCAGCAGUGACAGCUGGAACAACAAUGAUGCUGCUGCCUCCCUUGAAAAUUCAGCCUCCUCUGAUGAAGAAGACAUUGCUGCAGAGACCAGGGCCAUCUAUUCAAUCGUGCUGAAGCUCCCUGGUCACAGUGCUAUCCUCAACUCCACAAAACUACCCUCCUCAGAAGAUUUGCAUGAGUCAGGAGAUGAACUGCAGAAAUCCGACACAGAAUCGAAGGAAAAGAAACCUAAAAAAUUGCACCCUCCCAAAGGUGUUCAGGAUGGUGGAAAUUUCCAAAAGAGCUUUACUAAGCUUCCAGUUGAACCAGAAUCAGAAGAGACAACCACAGCUUCUGAUGGCAUCUCAUCAGUCACCAAGACAUCGACAGCCCUGCCCUUGUCAUUUAAGGAAGCAACCCUGGCAAAAAAGUUUGCCUUGAAGACCAGAAGUCAGAUCACAAAACGGAAACGAAUGUCACUUAUCAAAGAAAAGAAAGCAGCACAGACACUCAGUGCCAUUUUGUUUGCCUUCAUCAUUACCUGGACCCCAUAUAACAUCAUGGUUCUGGUGAACACCUUUUGCAGCUGUAUCCCCAAAGCUUUCUGGAACCUGGGGUAUUGGCUUUGCUACAUCAAUAGCACGGUGAACCCCAUGUGCUAUGCACUGUGUAACAAAACAUUCAGAAACACUUUUAAGAUGCUGCUGCUGUGCCAGUGUGACAAACGAAAACGACGCAAACAGCAGUAUCAGCAAAGGCAGUCCGCCAUUUUUCAUAAGCGGAUCCCUAGGGAGGCUUCAUAGAAUAGUAUUUUUUAAACAAAUAGAAAAAUAACGAAGCAGGGAUGUGAUGGGAUGGGACAGGAUGGGGUGGGAUAGGACAGAACAGGAUGGCAUGGGACAGGGCAGGAUGGGCAAAGUAGUAAGGGAUGAGACAGGAUGAGUUGAUGAGGGAAGGUGUGUCCACGGUGCUGAUUCUGUGAUUUAGACAUGAAAGCAGCUGCCAGGCUUAUUUAUCCUUUCAAUAAAUCCAGUUUAAUAUAAAAGUCAAUCCACAUUCAAAAACUAAGAAACUUCAACAUUUUUACUAAGGAGUGAAAGAUUUAAUAAAGUUUUCCUAUGAAUUUGUGAGAAGCUGUAUAGCAAUUAUAAACCCAUUACUGAUGUGCCCAGCUCUUUGAUUAUAAUCAACUCUGGGAUCUCAGGUAAACACAUCUAGCUAGCCCAACUUUUCUUUUUCCAAGGAAUCCAACAAUUUUCAAUUCGAGUUACAUACAGAUGUAAGAAGCUAGUGAAACGGGAUUAUGAAAUUGAGACACUGUAUAGGUUGAAAAAUUGCCUCUUGUUGUCCUGGUAGAGCUUCCUGUCUACUUCUCUUCUGAUAUAUUGUUAAUUGUACCCCUUAUUCCUGAUUUCUGAGUAUCUCUGUGUGCAGCUGAUGUUAUAUGUGUGUGAGUGUGUAUGUAUGCAUAGCAUACAUUCACACCUCUGAAAUGCGCACAUACCAGGAAAGAGGUGACCUAUUUGUUCUAGCUUUUACAGGGCCCCCCAUCGUGAUUACAUGUAAUUGAAACUUUUAAAAAGUUCGAAAAUCAUGUUAUAAGCAUGUAACUCAUUAUUUGCCACCUGAAAUUCAAGUUUGUCUCUGGAACCAAAACAUAGUGUCCACGUUUCAAACUGAGAAAACCAAAACAUAGCCUGUGAGUUUACAGAGUUUUAUAAUUGGGUACUUUCCCAGUAAAAUCUUAAUCUUGAGCUCAGAGUCUCUCCUCAAAGUGAUCAUUAAACGAUACAAAGGGGAAAGGAAUUGAAGGCUGCAUUCAGGGAAGAGCAGGAAGCUGUCUUGGCAGGGCACAGGAUAAUAAUGAGAGCCCAGAUCUGGGCUGCACAGCACCAGUGCCCAAAGGGAGCUGCUCAGGAGCCAGGUAGGUGCAGCCAUCAGCAGCAGCGCCGUGUCCUGCUGGGGAGGCCGUGCUGCUGCCAAAGCACACACGGCUCCUGCAACGCCUUGUCCUGAGCUGCACUGUGGGGAUGCACCGCCCUGCUCAGAGCCAGCUCACAUCCUGUGUGUGUGCAGCACCUCUACGGCUUCCCAUGAAAGUUCACGUUGUAACUUUCUGAUAAACGUUGGUGGAGCCCUGCUGCUUGCACUGUCUGCCCGGGUGAUCUUCAGAUGCAAAUGAUUUGUUUCAAAGAAAUGCUUUAUUUUUGCAUGUGAAGGAUGGUCACUAAAAAGUGUUUGUUGUUCACAACCUGUUUUAAAAAUCAUCAGGAGAAGUGCACCUAAAUCCGUUUGAUGCCAGGUUCUUCAGUGGUGUGAAAAAUGUGAUAUUGCCAAUUUGUAACCUGGCAAUUUUUGAUAAAGACAAUUUUAAAAGGGCUUUAAUAUUUAUAGUUUAGACAUGACCAGUAUUUCCUGGUAUUUGUGAGGUGGUCUGCACCAAACAUGAUUUAUAAAUGUCAGAGGUCCCCUGGGGAAAGGAUUGUACUUUAAACUGUUGCUCUAAAUCUGAUAUUUGGUUUAGUUACAUGUUGAAAGAUAAUUUUGUAUUCUCCUUUGAGCUGACCAAAACUUUUUUUUUUGUUGUUGCUUAGACUCUUAUUUUGCUGAAAAUAAAACAAGUAUCUUAUUUUACAAAGGGGCAUCAGUGUUGUGAAUACAGAACUGAUGUUAAAGCUGCUUUUGUAUUCAGUGUGAGAUGGUGUUUACAGAUGAUUUUGACAACAGUGGAAAUAUAUUAAAUGGUGUCUGUGUAUCUAAACUAUUUAAUUUUGUGUUAUGUUCAUAUAAAGAAAUAUUUAUACAUAUUUCACCAAAUGUUUUAUUUAAUGUUGAUAAAUAUUGCUCUUCAGUCUUCAGCUGUAGUGUCCUUUUAAAGUGAUUCAUAAAGGUCUGCUUGAGAAAUGAAUAGACUAUUCCUAGCUUUCUUGUUAUUAAAAAAAAAUUCUCUUUUGUAUGAGUUGCUUAAAAUGUCUACCCUAAAGUAAUCUCAUAAAUUAUAUUGAACUCUACUGCAAGUACAAUUUUAGUACAAAAAAGAAAAAAGUUAAAGCUUCAUCUAUGUCACAAUUGCAUUUUGAACUGAAGUUACUGAAAUUGUUUUGCUGGUUUGCCACCCACAUACAAAGGCACCCAUGUUGCAAAGAAAAUUAAUUACCUUUAUUUAUAGAAAGAAGCAUAUAAAUGAAAAUUAUUCAUUACUCAAGUUGACCUAAAAAUGUUUUAACAUUUAAAUAUAUAUCUAUAUCUAUAUAUAUUGCCAUAUUAUUAUAUUCUGAUAUCUAGAGUAGUGCUGUGCCCCUAAUACACAAAAUGUGAGAGCAUGCAAGGAAGCCAGAGUUCAUCGGGGGAUUUAUGGUAUAUUAGUAUUGAUUUUAAAAUGGGAAACUAUUAUUUUUAUUGAAGUUAAGCUUCCUUGAAAGCGUCUGUCACCACUGUUUACAUAAUAGGAAGAGUUAAAUCCUUGGAUUGUUCUAACAGAGAAAUAAACAACCUGUCUUUUGAUGUGUGAACAGGCUUUAAAAUGUUAUUUACAGGUAUCAUAAAAUGUGUAUGUAUACACAUAUUGUAGCAUAGAUCAAUUUAGUUAUUAUUUAUUUAAUGGAAUAUGCACUAUAAAAUAUUAAGAAUUUAGCUGUGUUACAAGUACAGUGAGCAUCAAUUUAAUUUGUAUUUUAUAUGUUGCUGUAUUUGCUUUAAACCCAUGCACACACAAAAAUUUUAGCUGUAUGCACUAGUGGAUAUAUUAUUUAUGAACACAGGCGCACAUAAUAGGUUGCAGAAGAAGAACAAUGCAAGACCAAUGACACAGAAUUACUUUUAGGAAGUACAAUGUGUAAUAUUUCAUCUGUUUUGAGGAAAUUUAAGUCAGAAACACAGUAGAAAGCGUCAUUCUGUGGCAGACAAACAGCUCAGUCCCAUUAACCCUCCUUACAGCUCUGAAAGCUGGCUUUUCAGAGACCAGUCUCCAUUAAUUGCAAUAAUACAGGAUUAGACUCCACAUGAAAAGGACCAAAAAGUCAGAAGAGAUAGCCAGACAGGAGCCAAUGGGUAGUCUGGAGAAAGCUUUGUAGAACAGACUCAAUCACUGUCUGUCUAUGAACAGGCAGCAAAAUACAUUAUAUGUUUGGCUUUUUCAGAGUGAAAUUGUGAUAGAAGUUUAUUACUUCUGUACCGGCAUAGGCAGUGAGAGAUGUCUGGUCUGAAGAUCUGACGGCUGGGGCCGUGGUGCAUGAAGCAUUUUUCCUACUCCUGCAUAACACACUUUGAACAAAAGUGAACUACAGAUCAGUCUGGCAGUGUUUGAAGCUAAACAAGUAUAGGAAAGUCCUGAGUAGUUUCCAGGAUCUAACCUGGUGGAUCUGUGUAACCUAAACAAUAAGUAGGCUACAGGGUUCUGGCAGUAGGAAUAUGCACACAGAUAUUCUGAGAGAGUUGGUGACUUUCUCAAUUAUGUGCAGCUUCAUUUCCUUACUUGGCUGUCUUGAUUAUUAUAUUUCUUUACUUAUUCUGCAAGAAUAUUCUAAAAAAACUUGGUUCAUUAUCAACCUUAUAGAUCUAAAAAGUGAGUAGAAAUCCUGAAAUACACUUGGUUUGCCUCUACAGAAUGCAAAUAUUGAAGCAAGAGGAAGUUUUAAACUUUUUUUCCCUAAUCAGCAGCAUCAAAAGUUUUAAAAAUAGUUAUCAUCAUGCGACCCUAUAUACAGUAGGGAUGGUCAAGCAGUGUCAUACUAUCUAUAAACUGCUUUUCACUCACCCCUUACCCACUGGCUAUGCAUCACUAUUCAAAUUUAUAUUCAAGAUUGUAAACCCUCAUUUUCCUCCUGGUGGCUUCUAGAUUCUUGUGCUAAAAUAUGCUCUACAAGCCUGUCUUGUUAUCAGGUGUUUUAUCCUUUCCUUUCACAGUCCCUCUAUGCAAAAUUAUCUGAUCUUACAUUAUCAAAAGACACGUUACUAAUUUCAGGAGUUGUCAAGUGUUGAGAUCUGAUACUUUUUUUCUAAAGAUGUAUAAAACAUAUCAAAAACAACUGGAGAAGGCUUCACAUUUGCCAGCUCCUUAUUGGCAGAAAUUUUUGGUCUGUGCCAUAAAUGGUCUGUUCACCGAGGCUGACCAGGGGAUGACUUGUCCCUAGCAAUGUUCUCCCAAACCACCACUAGCUUGAACUUCACACAGUUCAUGAAUCAUCAUGUAUUUUAAUCAUCAUGCCUUUGGGAAUUUUUAAAAAGCAUAUAUAUUCAUUGUGGUAGUUCCACCCUCUGCGAUUUUCUAUUUUAUAUAUUCUUUAUAUCUUUUAUGUAUUUGCCCAUUGAAAUACCAUUGCCCUGGCUUCUGGGAGCAUGUCAAAGUGAUACAUAUUUGUAGGUCACUUCUUUUUAGCCCCAAGGGUAUGCAGAGUUGUCUGGUGGAGCUGAGGUGUUCAUAAUGGUGGCUGCCUCGUCUGACUCAUGCACUGCACUCCCAUGAUACCCAAACACUCUGUUUAGAAGCUUAGCUAAAGCAUGCAUGACAUUCAAGUUUUCAUGGAAUUAAAAACUUCAUUUAAUUAGGAUGUUCUUCCUUGGAGCCUUGUAGCAGGCAUAGAUCAUUUAUAGCAUCUGCACUUUUCUACUUCUACAUUUUUGAGCUGCCAGAAAGACAGUGGGCAAAAUGCUAAUUUGUAAUGUCUGAUAUUUGGGAAUUUUUGUACUUCAGCUUUUAAAGUAAGGCAGAGAUAAUGCAGUUGUGCCAUUUGUUGAAAACAAAUUGAGUGUGAAUUCUACACUAUGUUUAUUUCAUUUCAUAUACCAUGGCACUGCAACUUGGUUGAGACUGAGCAUCACAGUAUUUGAGGUCACUGACAGUGCUUCACAAUCUUAACUGGCAAACUCGUCACCUGUGCUGUACUGGAAUUUGGGACUUUGACUGCUCUUCACCACUCACACUGCACAUUCAAAGUAUAACAUAGAUUGUAUUUUUUUUUCUCUCGAAAUAUCACUGUAGUUAUUUCAGAUCCAUUCCUAGAUGUGCUUGAGGAUGCUUUGCUUAAUUUUAGAUAUCAAGACAGCUCAAGAGAGCCAAUCCCUGCCAGGGGUUGUUUAAUGGAGGGAGCACAGGUAACAUGGGAAAACAUUAAGAGAAGUGCUACUUAUUUCAUGGCCUAUUCCUACAUGCAUGGUGUGGUGUGCAUAUUGUACCUAUACAUCUCCAUGCACUGUGUAUGUCUCAGAAGCAUGUGUGUGACCCUACUGUGCAUGCACAUACAGAGAGGUGUACCACAUCUAGAGCAAUGUUUACAGAUGUAUGUGCACACUUAGGCUAAAUUGUCAGCCAUGGUAAACAUUGCCUUUGAUGGCUCAUCAGUUGUAACUGGACAGUGAAACUGUGCUUAAGUCUCCUCUGCUUAUCUGCAAGAAAAGUUUUCACAUCUUCCUUUCCUGAGUGCAUAUUUUUUACAAUUGCAUUGUCCUUAUUUCUGGAUAUGGUGUUUUCAGUGUAUUGAGCUGGCUUUUUAGACAUUACCCAAAAUUUAGAAAUGCAUCAAGGCUACGCUAUGUUUAACUCCAUUACAUUACCCAAACUCAAGCUGCCUUUUUUCAAAUAAGAAAAAAAGGCCUCUCAGACUAGAUUCUGUAUAGGUUCAUGUAAGAGAAACUUCUAUGUCCAUGUGAACAUCACUGCCAGUUUCUCAAACUUGAAAGAGAAAUCCAGCCACUAUGAAAACAGUUGGAGGCAAAUGUCACAAACACAGCAAGUCAUCACUGCAGAUUCUUUGAGGUAAUAACAGCACUCCUUCCAUUAGAAAUUAGAGGGGAAAAAAAUUACCAUCCUCUGUCAUCCCAUCCUAUUGCUCUGCCAUUUCUUUUGCAUAAUAUAAUGCUUUUCAUUUGCCAGUCUCAUGGAUGGAAUUUUGCAGGCUUUAAAAAACCUCAUUUGCCUGGUAAGAGUAAGAAAUACCCACUAUAUCUAGGUCAUUCACCCCCUUCUGAGUUUUCAAACAAUAAAUCCUUAACUGUGUGAUGCUGGCUUAAGGGAGUGUCUUAUGAAAAUGAUGAUAAAACCAUUCAAUUAAAUGGAGGAGAGGUAACUUUUUUUUCCAAGCUAGUGAAGCUAUAAAAUUUAUGUAACUUGGCAGAAAGUGUGGAAAAAACCCCAAGACAUUUAAAGGCUUUAUAGAUGUGCACAUCCUCCUUGCACAAGGGUGAAUAAACACAUGUAAACAGUGCCCAAAAAAGUUCAGUGUAUGAAUGACUCUGCGAGCCAAGAGCACACGUCACCAUCAGCUACACUGCUGGCAGAGCACCCUGGCACCCCACUCAGGCCUCCAUGAAGAGAUCCUCCUUAUGGCACUCUAGGACUAAAUAAUAAGGCCUUAAUAUGUAAGCAGGGCUGGUUUGUCAGGGUGCAUAUGCAUUUUCUGGGAAUUUAAUGGGAGAUUCUUUCUCGAUCCUGGACCAAAGUUAUUUAGUGCAUUUACUGGAAUGAAAGAACUUUUGAAAUGAUCUGGUAAUCGUCACUCAACCAUGCCUAACAAUCAGAGAAGCACAGGGUAGUAUUGUGCCAAGAGAAUUUAAAUUUACUUUUCAAUUCAUUCAUACAGGCAUAGUUAAUUUACUGAAAAUACUCAAAAGACCUGAAAAUUUUUACACUAUCAUGGAAUAAAAGUCUCUGGACAAGAAUCUGAUUCCUUAUGUAGUUUCAAAACAUCCAGUCUUCUUGAGCCUAUUUUUCUUCUGUAUUGAAAUCUUUGGGUAACAAAGAAACCAUAGUUACUCCUGAAAUACUACGUCCUCUAGAGAAACCAAACGGAUGAGGAAAUGGCCAAAUGGCCUUCCUUAAUUUGUGCUUAAUGUGUCCACAUUAAGAAUUAUAAUUACCAUUGUGGCACAGACUAAUUAACACCAUGGGGCAAAAGAAAUGAGCCAAUUUACUUUGAACCCUACUCAGUGCUGCACUCUGCUUAUGCAGAUCCAUCACAAGAAAUAGGCCUGUGCUGUAUUUCCUGAUGCUCAGCACUUUUCUCCACUCAUUACUUUUAUCCUUCACACAGAUCACUCCCCUCCUAUUGACCACACCUAUCACAGAGAUUUAUUGAGUAUACCUAUUGAAUACCCUCUGCCAUCAAUAUAUAAAUAUGUCAUUUCUUUGCAUCUGCAAAGCUCUAUGAAAUCAGAUGUAGCUGGAGUUAGGCAGCUUUUAUCCUCCAUUGGCAUGAAAUUUUCAGAAAUACAUUCCAUUUUCUUGCCUCAUAUCUCCAUUAAUGAUGUUUAUUUUACAAGUGAUAUUAGGACCAAAACUUUCCACGUUUGAGCCUGUAGAAGUAUAUCUGAGUAAAUGUUUUGUUCCUUUAUUCAAAAUGAAUGUGAUUUCUUGGCCAUAGUGUAAGCUGAACAAAAUCCUCUGUGUGAAGGAUAGAGCAGCAUUUAUCUCCUGCUCUGCCCCUGCCCUUCACCAAAUAUGAUCGAAGGUCCUUUCAGGUCCUUUCAGGUCCUUUCACUUGUUUUCAAAACACUGCAGCUACAUUACGUAGUUGCAUAUUUCUCCUGCUGUGAGACAGGAAGGAUCCGCAUGAAAAAUGCCAAGAGACUUAAUCUAAUGUGCACAGGUGCCACUUGUGGUUUUGUUUGAUUUUGGUUUUUAGUCUUUGCAAUGCAUAUUGACUGACACAGAAUCCAUUAUUAGAGUAAUAUAAAGACUAAGGAUGGGCAGCUGCUCUCAAAAGCAAGCUGCAUUGGGAUGGAUCACUGAAGUCCAUGCACUAAGUUUGUACAGUAAUUGUACACAAGAGCUCUUAGUUAAAGCUGUAAAAAGCCUGAAUUGCAAUUUGUUGCUUUUCAAAAGAAGUAAGAAAAUUAUAAAUAUAAUGUGUAAUUUUUCUGUUGUACGCUGUAGAUGUUAGAAGAUGUCAGUGAAGAUGUCACUUUUUUUAAAAUUAAUCAUCCCUGGGUUCCUAGAGGUGUCCCAUCACCCAGUUGCCUCUCAACCCAACUCCUCCUGCCUCAAAGCUGACCUGCAGUCAUGGGACUUUUGCCUCACUCAUGGGAAGCUGGAACUGAGCUCCUGCCCCUGCCACCCCACAGCAGGAAGGGUGUGGGCCACACCAGUCAAGCUGUUACAAGAAAGAGCCAUAAGCUUCCUGCUUCUGUUUGGAGAUAGCGGGUAUUUUUGUGAUAGAAAUAGAGAUAACAUUGCAGGAAUCUGAUGAACAUAUUUUAUGUGUUUCCUGAUAUGUUCCUAUUACUUGAAAGUUUUCUGUUCUGCUGGUUAUGGAGCAAAACAAGUCCCAGAGACAAUAUCUGAAUACACAUUUUAAGGCUUGAAAAUUUAAAAUGAAUUGACUUUUGCCUGUUGCUUUCUGAUUUUGAAAUACAUGAAGAAAUUUCAUGCAGUAAUUAAGCAUCUCAGAAAUAGAUCUCCUGAAAAAAAUUUGAAUUUUAUGCCUUAUAAAACUGAUUUUCUUCAUCAAAACCAGUGGAGCUGAAUGUACUGUAAACUCAUAAAAUGACAGGAAACAGUAGGAGAGAGCCCCUCAACUUCUGCUGUGUAAAAAGACAGUGCUGGAGCAUUCACUCAAAAUCUGGUGUCUACUGAUCUAGAUAUAGCUACCCAUUCAGGUACUAGACAGAAAAUUAGCAUUUUUUAAAUGAUUGGCCAAGUUGAUCUUUUUUUGCUAACACCUACCUUGCUGUGCAGCAUUUUUUCUGCCAUCUAAUUAAAUUCUAUGUCUUGGUAAACACUCAGAAAGAAUAAUUGGCCCUAGCUCAUAUUGACAGCAGUUUGCAAAACACUAGCACAGUAAUUGGAGGAGUAGAGGCAGAUAAUGAUGACGAGCAAUCAUUUUCCUUGGCUUUGGUGUUUUAGAGGAAGCUUCACUUUUGCAGCUGAUAAAAAUGAGAGUAAGAGAUGUACUGAGAGAGACUCAAAUGCUUUAUUCUCCCCUCUGUCAUGACUGCCACCAUUGCAGUCCUGAGGGCAGGAGGUGGAUGGCUGUGUGUUGGUAGAAAAAUCAAUACAUUGGUCCAGGUCAAGUGUCCCACGAGAGCUCACGUUUCUCCUUUCACCGCAUGGGUAUCAGCCCAAAAUGUGCUGUCAAAACUUGGCUCCCACUGAACUAUCACGGUGGAACUUUGUGCUCUUAAGAGAUUUUCUCCUGCCAAGAUGCUUUAACACCUUUUUUUUUUUCCUUUUUUUUUUUUUUUAACUCUCCACAGAAAACUAAUCAGGUGGCACCUUCCCAUGUGGAAAUUUCCUUGCAAAUACAUUACUCUAAUCUUCAAAUUAUUUUUACCCUGUAUGCCCCUGAUAACAAUUGCAUUAAUAUAAGUAGAUAAACUCAUUUCUUUAGUUGCUGCUCAUAGAGCGGCUUGCUAGUUAAGAUAAAAACAAAUUAUGGGAUAUAAAAGACAUAUCUGAUUGUACAGUAAUACACUGUGUGCCAAGCAGUCGGUGAGGUAAGGUUUAUAUAACUGCUAGAUGUUGCUUGAACUUUUGAGAUAUAUUUCCAUGUUAUUUUUUCCUCUCAGGAACCAAAACGGGGGCAGAACACAGAACACUCAAUUAAGAAAAAUGUAAUUGUUUUGAUUGAAGUAAUUUGAGAUUACAAGUUGCAAGAAGGCUAAACAAUCUAGAAAGUGUUUUGAAGUCUUCAUCAUGUAGAUGCUUUCCUUUGGGGAAGCUGUCUUUCCAUUCAGCGUGGAAGGACUCCCCUUAGGUGUGGAUUUGUAGAAGGAAAUUUUGUCUCUAGUCAUAUGCUACAAUAUUUUUGACUGCUAUUAAUUCACUUAAUGACCCAGUCUGUUGCUCAGUGAAAUUGCUGUGCUCUCCUAGCGAUGGUGAAAAACAGCCUUUUCUGGGGGCUGAUCCAAGCCCAGCUCCAGCUGGCUUUUCCAGAGGGAAAGGCUCCCUCUGUGCUUCAGAAAUAAACAUUUUUCCCCAGAAAAGCAGGAGGCAGCCAGGCCCCUGCCCCAUAGUGUGUGGGGCUGGACUGUGUGGCCUCCCACCAGCAUAACAUAUCUCCACUUUUGUGCCCUCACCUUGCACUCUCUGGGCAUGGGCCAGGGAAAACAUAGAGCAAACAGAGCAAACCACUCCCAGCCAUUUUCAUACCCACAUAUAUAUAUAUAUGUGUAUAUAUACACAUAUAUAUACACACGCAUAUAUAUAUAAGUAUAUAUAUAUAUAUAUGUGUGUGUGUGUGUGUGUGUAUGUAUGUAUACCUCCUUUCAGCUCCCUUCCUGCUGCCCCAUGACAGCAUAUUCACACAACAAAAACAGUGGCUUCUAAAACAAUUUCCAGCUGAAUUGUAGACUGCAGUGGUCUUUAUUACCAAUAACAUUAGAGAAAAAUGGAAAUGAGGAAUUGCACAGCUCUGGCCUGUUUAUGACUCCUUCCUUUCUCAUUUAAAUGAUGUACACAGAACAUUUAAUUGUUUAGAGGAAAGACUGUGGAUUACUGGUGCAGCAUUCUGAUAGAUAUUUUAACAUAUUCAGAGAAGAGAAAAUUCAGUCUCAGAAAUAGGCAUCUUGGAUUUCUUUUUUAUUUCUUACCAAAUUAAUUGCAGGCAGUUUAAGACCCACGUCUGCACAAGUGUCUUCCUGUAUAUUUGACAAUUGAGCAAUUUUCUCACAUGUGCCAGUUGGUUCAAAUUUCUUUCUUUAUCUGUCUUCUUACGAAUGGUUUCUGAAUUGACAAGCCUUUGCCUUUUUGCUGGUGCACAGAGUCUGUUUGCACCAGCCUUAGUUUAAGUUAUCAGGAGUGAUCCAGCCACAGUAUGAAUUUCCUCCACCUUACCUUAUUUUACAGAUUGAAUUAGACCCUUGGAAUUCCCAAUUAUCACAUAUUCAACAGCCAAGAAGUUUUGGUAAAUGCUUUUAAUCUUCAUAAUAUUUAAUAAAGUAAUCAUGUGCAUACAAUUGAGGUGUUAAAAAUGCCAAUCCAUAAUGCAUCCCAUUACUUCAAAGUACCAUAUCAAAUAUAUUUUCCUAUUAGUUAUGGAAGCAAAUAUGCCAGUGCAUAGCCAGGACUAGCUAUGUAGUCUAUAAUGACAUCUAAUACUAAACAGAUAUUCUUCAAAUACUUCAUUAAAUAAUUUGACAUAAUUCAUCUUGGCCAAAUAGACUUAGUUUAGUUCAAUCCUGCUGUUAAGCUCUCUUCAAAAUUCUCAUUACCAUCAAUGGAAAUUCUAGAAAGAGCAGAUAAAUCAGUCUCAUUAUAGGACAGAUAAAUAACACUUUGGGUUUAUAUUUCUAGCUAAUAUAUGUAAUCAAAUUAUUUAAAAUAUAAACACUCAAAGCCUGUUCUGUGCCCUCAGGGAACCCCUUUAUCCCACUGCAGCAAAGCUGCAUAUAGCAGGAUAUAUUCCACUAAUACAGUCAAAAAUAUAUGGGUGUAUAAGAAUAAACAGCUUAAAAAAUCAUACUGUAAAUGAUGUGAUUGAGUGAAACUGUAUGUAUAUUUUUAAGUCUUCAGAAUAGUUGAAGUUUUAACUUAUUUCAAAUUUUUAAGUUGAAAUCUAUUCAUAUUUGGAAAUUUUGUACAACCUUGUAAAGUUAAAUACUAUGUCACUGUAAUUUAUUUUUGUUUUCAUAUAUUGACACAUGCUCAUUUAUAUAUGAAGUGUACUGUUUAUCAAUUGCUUCUAAGGCAGCAAUAAAAACAUGAAAGUUGUUCUCA